AUGGUUAAGAUAAAGAAAGAGAGCCACCGACAAGUAACGUUCUCUAAACGUAGAGCCGGUCUCUUCAAGAAAGCUAGUGAGCUUUGCACGCUGUGUGGUGCAGAAGUUGGGAUCAUCGUGUUCUCUCCAGCCAAAAAGCCUUUCUCUUUCGGCCAUCCGAGCGUGGAAUCAGUAUUGGAUCGUUACUUGUCCCGAAACAAUCUGUCCUUAGCGCAGUCACAGCAACUUCAGGGAAACAACCCUGGAUCAAGCUGCGAGCUGAAUAUACGGUUGACGCAGACCUUGAGCGAGUUAGAGGAAGAGAAGAAGAAGGGUCAAGCGAUGGAAGAGAUGAGAAAAGCAAAUGAGAGCCGGUCAUUGAUCAACUGGUGGGAAAGGCCAGUGGAGGAGAUGAAUUUGACUCAGUUACAAGAAAUGAAAUCUGCUUUGGAGGAGUUGAGGAAGACGGUUGUGUCAGAGGCAAAUACUGCACCGUUUACUGAUGUGAAAGAGGAUGUGUUUGGUUUCUUGGACAACAAAGUGACGACGGCUCCUUCUUACAUGAACAUGUCUUCUGGUCUCUCUAAUCCUUACAACUAUGGAAAUGGUUGUUUCUGA